AUGAGAUACUCCGUCACCUACACCGUGGCCGCCACGCUCGUGGCCGGCGCCGCCGCUCACCAGCACGGCCACCAGCAGUUCCACGCCCGCAAGGAUGCCUCCCCGGUCGAGAAGCGUGCCCCCGACGCCGUGACGGAGUACGUCGCCGGUCCCACCGAGACCGUCUACGAGCUCAACGGCGAGAUCGUGUCUGGCAACGACGUCAAGAACGCCCUCGACAACGGCGAGUACGUCGUCGUCGGCGAGACCUGGCCCACCUUCUCGGCUCCCGCUAUCCCUACCACGACUUCCUCCAGCAGCAUCGAGAUCGCCGCGCAGUUCCUCGAGAAGUCUACCUCGUCCUCCAGCAGCGUUUCGGUCGCCACGACCAGCUCCAGCAGCAGCGUCGCCUCGGCCUCGGCCUCGGCCUCGCCCACGUCGUCCCCCUCCACCGGCGGCUCCGGCAUCUCCAGCUCGUUCCCGGAUGGAAAGGUCAAGUGCUCCGACUUCCCCUCCGACUACGGUGCCGUCGCCCUCGACUGGCUCGAUCUCGGCGGCUGGUCCGGCCUCCAGUUCGUCCCCAACUACUCCGACGGCGAUGUGAGCAUCAGCGACAUCAUCACCGGCAUCGCGGGCGAGACCUGCAGCAAGGGUAGCAUGUGCUCGUACGCCUGCCCUGCCGGCUACCAGAAGACCCAGUGGCCCUCGGCCCAGGGCUCCACCAAGCAGUCCAUCGGCGGUCUGUACUGCAACUCGGACGGCUACCUCGAGCUCACCCGCAAGGAGUACGACACCCUCUGCGAGGCCGGUGCCGGCGGCGUCUCCAUCCAGAACGACCUCGACGAGGAGGUCGCCACCUGCCGCACUGACUACCCCGGUACCGAGUCCAUGGUGGUCCCCGCCGUCGCCGCGCCCGGCGGCACCGUCGAGCUCUGCAACCCCGACCAGGAGAACUACUACACCUGGGACGGCCUCGCCACCUCGGCCCAGUACUACAUCAACCCCAAGGGUAUCUCCCAGGAGGACGGCUGCGUCUGGAACUCGCCCGUCGCCCCCGACUCUGCCGGCAACUGGGCCCCCCUCAUCGCCGGUGUCGGCUACACCUCUGACGGCAUCACCUACCUCUCCAUCUUCCAGAACCUGCCCACCUCCGACGCCAAGCUCGACUUCAACGUCGAGAUCACUGGUGACGUCUCUACCGAGUGCUCCUACAUCGACGGACAGUGGACUGGCGGCUCCAGCGGUUGCACCACUGCUAUGACCAAGGGCGGCAAGGCCGUCUUCCGCUACUUCUAA